AGUUCUAGAAGCUGCUUUUUGCUCUGGAUGUAUUGGCAACUAGGAGGGGUUGGCGGGGCGUUGGGGGUUUAGGCGUCCGUGCUUUGCUCUUUAGUUUUGUCUUCUUCAUUUGUUGAUUUAUUCGGUUGAAGUUUACUGGUGAAUAGUGGGGAGGUAUCAUUUUGUCGGAGUUGAAGAUUUCUGCUAAAAGAAACUGCGGUGUUUUUGUCAUUAAAUUGUACAGGUAAGGUUUUGCGCUUCUGUGGCUGAUGCAUGAUGGCGGAAAUCCUGCAACAAACUUUGAGAAAUUUCUUCAUUAUUUGAAGAAAUAUGAAGUCAGGCUCAAAAAAUGGUUGGAGUUCUCUCAUGCCAUUUCGGGUGGGAAGGAAAUCCUUGGUUCGCUUUUCUUUGUUCCCCAAAGUUCGAUCAGCUGGACAAACAUCAGGCAACGCACCUGUUUAUCUGAACGUAUAUGACUUGACACCCUUGAACGGUUAUGUUUAUUGGGCGGGGCUGGGCAUAUUCCACUCUGGGGUUGAAGUUUAUGGCGUGGAGUAUGCAUUUGGGGCGCAUGAUUAUCCAACGAGCGGAGUGUUUGAGGUUGAGCCUCGGCAAUGCCCAGGCUUCAGAUUUAGGAAGUCUAUAUUCAUGGGCACAACUUGUCUAGAUCCAAUUCAGGUCAGGGAAUUUAUGGAACAUCAUUCUGCAAACUACAGUGGUGAUAAAUAUCAUUUAAUUGUUAAGAACUGCAACCAUUUCUGCAAGGACGUCUGUUACAAAUUGACUGGAAACUCUAUUCCAAAAUGGGUGAAUCGGCUUGCAAGGAUAGGUUCCUUGUGCAAUUGCCUCCUUCCAGAAUCCAUCAAAGUUUCUAAAAUCCGUCAUGAUCCCAGUUCCACCUACGAGGAGGAGAAGGCACGGCUCAGGAGCUCUUUCAGCUGCCUAUCUUCAAUCUCAUUGCGCCAGAGGCAGUUGUCUUCUUCCUCCCUGCUAUUGCCUUCACCAUUAAAGGGCUGCGUUCCUCCAUGGGAGUUGAGAAAGUCUGCCUCCAUCCGAUGGAAGAACAGGAAAGAUCAAUCUAAUGGCGAUCGGUGUAGGGUAGAGAACUUGAGAUGGAGAGCAGGGCAAGUUUCUAGACUUUAAACCAUAAACUUUAAACUCUAAAAGGUGAGGACAAUUUCAUGAAUAUAAAUUAUUGUUUAAAUGCUUUUGUAAAUUUUAUUUUUUUUCUUUUAAUUUUUUGGCACAGUAGGUGAAAUAAUGGAGUUCUUUUUUGGUGAGGGUAACUGCAAUUUUUUGAAAAGGU